UGGCUUUGAGUCCAUAUUAUGAACGUUACGUUCGCUGCGAGACAUCCAUCACUUCCAACACAUCCAACACUUCCAGCAUUUGUGUCACAUAUGCUCCACACGUUAUCAUCACUUUAUUUGACAUUAAUUUUUGCGUGAAAUGUAAUGAUAUCUCAUUUGAAUUGACAAAACAUUUGUGCGAAACGUCUACACAUUGGUUGGAAAGCAUUUGAAGGCAUUUAAAGUCAAUACAAGCGACCCGUAAAGUAUGGAUUUCCAGACACCCCUCAUAUGUGCGGGAGUAGUGGCCGUGACGUCUGCCGCCGUAUACCUGAGCUCUGUGUUCGGCAUCAGAGAGCGAACCUAUGAAGAGGCCAUCGAAGAGCAGAGACGGAGGAAUAGUUUGGAUAUUAGUCUCAAACCCAACAAAAGUGUCGACAAACCAAAGAAGGAGAAGAAGGAGAAAAAGAAAGACAAACCAAACAAAAAGGAGAAGUCGAAAGACAAGUCGACUAAUGGGUCGCAACCGCAACAGCCGUCCGUUGAGCACAAGGCGACAGUCAAAGAGUCUGUCCGUAAGACCGAACACGCGGUCGGCUUUAAGAGCGAACCCGAAGUGGUUGUGUUGAGCGACGAACCGGAAGAUGUGGACAUUUCUAAGCUUAGAAAGACUUCUUAUGACAAACCCAUUAAACCAAUUCUGAUGAACAAAAGCGAACAAAACAUAGAUCUAAGCCAAGUGUUCAAUCAGACGGUCACCGGAAGGAAUUCCUUCGACCAAAUCCUACCCAAAGAUGACUUCGAGCUCCUCAAGGAUUCCUCCAAGAAGUCCAUCGAUUCCGAACACAUGGAACCGAUGGCCGAACCCAUAGUCGAGAAGACUAUCGCUUAUAACAUGACUUCAGCGCCAUUAGCAUUGUCUGCAGUCAACAACUUCUAUGACAACGAUAUAUCGCAACAACUCGUCACUGAUGUGGACAAUAAAGUGGAAGUCUUGAGGACAGAGAACUCGGAGAACUCAUCGCCCGCUCGAAAGUCCAGGAAAUGGAAGCAAAAUUCACUCGAAGGCAAUGGAAGAGAAGUUUCUGCGAAAACUAUUAUAGAAAUAGUGAAGACAGUGACUCUUAAUAACGAAGAGAUUCAACUCUUGACAGACAUUUUGUUGAAUAAACAAAGCGAUGGAUCGACUGAAUGGCGAAAGAAAAACGAUCCGUUGGCUGUUCUUAAGAAACAGCUUCAGGAGAAAGAGGUGGCGCUCGAGAAGGCUAUGAAGAACUUGUCGACAGCCGUAGUUCUCAAACUUACAACACUUUAUCGGAGAGGCAACCGACAAGAAUUCUUUGUCGAAGUCCUCUUUCUCCACCGCGAGCUCUUCCGAUACUUCUUGAACAGCUGUCGGCAACAGAAGACGCGAGAAUUACGCAAUGAAUUAGAAGUGGAAAAGUCUAAGCAAUUGAACAGUCGGGAUAAGAGCCAACAAAUGCAACUCGAAGUACAGGCGCUUCACAUGAAACUACAGCAAAGUUAUGAGAGUCAGAGGAAUGAAAUGAAUUCAAUGCAGAAACAGUUGCAACAAAUUCAGGUGAAGUGCAAUGAAGAGAGGACUCACGCCAUUCGACUCCAAGAGGACAACUCUCGACUCCAACAACUGGUCAAAGGCGAGCAACACGUGAAGCACGAAGUGGAUCAGCUUAGGACAGAACGACAACAGUAUGAGAUCCGUAUGUCUGCCACUCAGAAGACCAAUGAAGAGCUCAUCCGAAAGACCCAACAAUUAGAGAAUAGAAUCAAAUCGAUGAGUGAUUCGCGACUAAAAGAUGAGACCUCUUAUCAGAAACACGUCAAAGAUGUCUCACAAGAGUUACAGAAAUGUGAGACUCAGAGGAAUGCUUUGGUGGAUGAGUUGAGCCAUACAACCAAUAAAUGCAAUUCUCUUGAAUCAGAAAACCUUCAAUUCAUUCAAAGGUUUAAAGAUUUAGAAGAGAAUAAAAACACAGAAAUCAAGCGUUUAAUCGACGAUAUGUCGGAAAUAAACAAACAAAAGCUUAUUAUUGAAAAAGCUUUAACUGAAGCCAAACAACACGAACAGCAAAAUGGAGACCAAAACCUGGAGAGACAGGAGUUUAUGAAACUGAACGAAGAAAUGAUUGCAACUAAAGAAGAGCUGAGAAAUACGAAGAAUGCGUUCGAAAACCAGUUGAGAAAACAUGAAGAACUCGGCGAUAAGUAUCGAUUGGCCAACGAAUCGAUCGCUAACUUCGAUAAAGUAAAGAAGGAAUUCGUUGAAAGUGCUCUUAAAGUGUCCGAAGAGGCCAAUAGGCAACUGAAGACUGAAAACGAGACAUUUAGACAACAAAACGAAAGUCUAAACACUAAACUCGUGGACACAAGCAAUUGUAAUAAGGAUAGUGUCCGAGAAGUCGAUUCAAUUAAAACGGCUCUUCGAACGGUUAUUCCAAGUCUUGACACCGAAAGUAAGGAUUGGAUCUCAAGAAUUCAAACCACUUUAAGUGAUCAGUUGAGCCAUCGAUCAGAUAAGUCUUCAGGUGCUGACCAGCAAAGGGUUGAAGCACUCGAAUCCCUCUUAAACUCUGAAAAAGAGAAAUCGAGUCAAUUGGAGACGAAAUGCGCUGAAUUCGCGUCAACUCUUUCGCAAACAGAAUCGAUUUUAAGUGAACUCGAAAACAAAAUGGAGUCACAAGAAGGAGAUCUCAAGAAAAGAGAGAAAGAGUUUGAGAGCGAACUGAAGACACAUUCGACUCAAAACGCAAAACUUGGCGAAGAAAUCAAAAGACUUGAAUCGAGUUUAGUUCAGUUCCAAGAGUUCAAAGAGACGUUCACUGAAAUGGAGGACAAACUCAAGGAAUUGCAGUCAAAACUGAGUGGAGAAGAGAACGAGAAGAGGCUUUUGGAGCAUAAAUACGAUGAGGUCUGCAAAAAAGGACAGGCGACAAAAAAUGCUUCUGUUUUGAAGCAAGAGUUGGAUGAGUUUGAGAGCGAGAGAUCAGAAUUGGAUAAAAUGAAAGCAGAAUUGGAAGAAUUGAAGACAUCUCUGGACAAGGAAAAGAAGAUAUCGAAAGACCUGAACCUCCAGAACGUACGGCUCAACUCACUGGUGAAGAUCGGACACGAGUCGCUUAAGAUGGAAGAGGACAGAGUCAGACAACUCCAGUCUCAGCUCAAUCUCAACAACGGGGCCCUCUCUGCGCCCGUCAACGGUUCCAGCGAUACGAAUGCCAACAAUUGUUUGAAUCAAAACAGUGAUAACACACAAGAGGCUGCUUCGGCUAAGAAGUGA